AUCCUCGCAACCUUAUUAUGUACUUCGGACUUUGGUCGCUUACCUCUACCUCCACAUCCACCGCCACCACCUCGAGCUGCCUCCACCUCUGCCUCCGUCUCUACCCCGAACCUCGACGCUGCACUUGGCUCUUCUCCCGUCCACGGCUCCUGGAACCCUCGUCCCGUUCCAACCGACGCCUCGAGGGGAAUUGAACCUGACGCGGAACAAGGGUAGGCAAGGCGCACCUUCACCUCACCUUUCCUCGGCCACACGUCGCCGACUCCAUUCGAGACUCAUCAAGAGUCAAAAGUCGCCGGACAAUUUCCUCCACCCAAUCACGUCCCGGUACCUUACCUAGGGUAGGUAGCAAAACACGGCCAGAGACGAUCCAAGUCGCCACCACCAAAGCCCCCCGACUAAAACCACGUCCAUCGCCGCCAGCGACAUACCAACGCCAAACCGAUCCUCAGCUCGUGGCGCUUCACUUCUCGCCCUUGCUAAGACUGGGAGGACCGGUUCGGUCGCACGUACGCACACACGCUACAUACGCUACACACGGCUACACACUACCUCUCCCUCCCCAAGACACGCAAUACCUAAUCUGUAGUUAGCGGCCAUUCCUCCCCUCCUCCUCCUUCUCCUUUACGUACCUCAUUCCCUCUCCUUUUCUCCCGGGACUCAGGAGGAAGUCUGGCAAAGGAGUCCUCCACCUCAAAUUUCUCGAUUUCAAGGGCGCGCCGUGUGUCGCACGGGGAAUCCUCAAAAGCCCCCCCUACAACCUGCCUACCUGUCCCUAUCUAGCUCACACUUCGCACGUCUUCCCGAAGAACGUCCCGUAAUCGACCAACACAUCAAUCUAACCGACCAGCUCAACACCAACAAAGAAGCGGACAAAGGGUUGCAUUAAUACAAGAAAGCUUUCGACCAGAAACAACCACCCAAUCUAUCCGCCAUGUCGGACGAGAACAGUUCUCGGAGUCCGAUCUCGCCGAUCACGACGACGAGCAACAUUAGCAGGAAGCAGACCAUAUCAUCGCCUGGGACAACAGCUUCACCAGUGCCGUCGGGCCAUUUCAAGCGAACAGUGGUUGUAGACGAUGCUUCCCAGAUGCGCCGACGGCCGCCCUUCGGCCACAUACCCACCGAGAACUCGUUCGCAGAGACAGGGCUGGGCAGGAGAAGAAGCUCAACUUUAUCCGAGUACAGCUUCAGCGAGGCAAGGGACUUCCUGAGUCCGAGACAUGGCGAUAUCCCGUCGACGUCGUCGGCUGACGAAAUGUCAAACUGGGCUUCGAUUCCUCUCGCUUUUGCCCUUCUUCCUGCCGUUGGAGGUUUGCUUUUCCAAAAUGGUAGCGCCGUCGUGACGGACGUCAUGCUACUGGGUUUGUCGGCCGUGUUCCUGCACUGGUCUGUGACACAGCCAUGGAACUGGUAUCACUCGGCGCAAGCAGUCCGAGUUCGCGCCGAAAGCAACACAAGCGCCGUCAUCGAUGACGAGAGCGAGACGGAACAGGCCGUCGGAAGCCCGUCCUCGGCGACGUCGACGGCGAACGGCCACACGGCGAAUGGAAGCAUCGACGACAUGCCCGAGGUGCCUACCACGCCCACGUCCUUCGUCCAGGGGCAAGUCCCCAAGACAAUGCCCCGGGUCAAGAAGGAAGACGCCCUGGCCGAGCUCUGGGUGCACGAGAUUCUGGCUUUGAUAUCGUGCUUCAUGUUCCCGAUGUUGGGAGCAUACCUGUUGCAUGCUAUCCGCGCACAGCUGAGCCGGCCCUCGGAGGGACUAGUAUCCAACUACAACUUGACAAUCUUCCUGCUGGCCGCAGAGGUCCGUCCUCUAUCGCACCUAAUGAAGCUGGUCCAGUGCCGGACCAUUCAGUUGCAACGAGACGUCCAUGUGAACCCCUAUAAGGACGACGGCGUCACGUCGGAUCAGGUCAGGGUACUCAUGGCCCGGUUGGAGAUGCUGGAGUCACGACAGGAGCCGACGCAGAUCAAGCAGAACGGCAACUCGGACAACUCCAAGAUCAAGCAAGAGGCCUCCAUCGCCCGGGAUGUUCGCAACGCCAUCCAGCCCGAUCUCGAUGCGUUAAACCGGGCCGUGCGGCGGUACGAGAAAAAGGCCACUGUCCUUGCGUUCCAGACCGAGUCGCGCUUCGCGGCUGUUGACACACGCUUAAACGACGCCAUCGCCCUCGCCGCGGCAGCAGCCAAGAACAGCGUGGCCCGGCCGGGCUUCAUGCAGUGGCUGGUCGAGUCCGUAUGGGCUGUCAUCACGAUGCCCUUCUUCGCCGUGGUCGCUCUGCUGGUGCUUCCCUUCAAGACGCUUCGCGGGCUGCUCAAGCGCAAGAAGAAGUCGUUGCCGGAAAGGACGAGAUCGAGCCGUAAUGGGAAGGCCAUGGGCCACAGUCGAAUCGCGGCGGACAGACCGCCGAGCCGGGUUUCGAAGAGAUGACGAGGCUGACCGUUAGCACGGUAGCUGGUGGCUUGGAGUUGGAACAUGAUAUCCUCUUUUCGGGACGGAAAUGGCCUUGGGCGGAGUAAAUGGAACAGGUUUUGGAUGGGAUGGGUCGUUUUUUGAUGGUGUUGCAAGAGCCAUCCAGUGCCGGUCGAACACGGAACCGACCCCUUUUUUGACGUAUAUUGCCUACUCUGCAUUGGUAGUAUCAUAUCAGGUUCCUUCAAACUGAUACCCCGGGUUCGUGCUUCCUUGAGCGUCUCGGGCGGCUACCAUAUCCAUAUCCAAGAGUAUAUUCUCGUCGGAAAGGGAUGGAAAGUAACCACAUCAUUCCUGGUCGUGCAUGACUGACGUUUGUCCGUUCGCACGAACAUGUCGGUUCACUCUCUCUUUCCCGACUGCUUGCUUACCUUGGCAGCCCUCGAUGAGCUGUCCGAGGCAUCAUGUAGAGAAAGUCACCGGCAGCUCGAGCCCUCACGCAGACACCUAUUCGUACUCCGCCGCCGCCGCCGG